GAAGUAAAUGAAAAUAAAGUCAGUGGGUAAUCAGAGAAAAAAAUGUUUAGUUAGUUAGAAUUGACAAGCACACUGAAAUUAACCUUCAUGUAAUGUUUGUUCAAAGUGCAUCACCUUCUCAUAAAUAAUUCAAACAAUGGUGUCCCGCCCAAUACAAAUAAACAAUGAUUUAGUCAUACGAAUUCGAAUUACUAACAAUUAUUAGGUUCCAGUCGAAAUCUAGGUUAAUAGGUUUUACAGUAGCUAUUUUUGUCAUUCUGUGAACCAACAAUCGUGGAAAUAUAUCGAGUGCAGAAAAGAAAGUAAAAUGCCCGAAAUAAAUGUGCAACAAACAGAAAGUGCUAAGAAAAAACGAGGAUGUGGGUGUAACUUUUGUUGUCUGUUCCUACCUUAUGCUAAUACAACUGAAUCGGAGGUUGAACAGGUUGUAUGCGAAAAUACUCAAGACACUUUUCCACACUACGUGGAUGAUCUUCCCGACCCACUGGUACCUGGAACAAUAAUAAAAGUCACUGGAUUUGUUCGGCCCGACUGUUCAAGAUUUGCUGUUAAUCUAUGCUGCAAUAGGUCGCCAUCUAGUGAUAUAGCCUUGCAUUUAAAUCCUAGAAUAUCACAAAGGUAUGUUGUGAGAAAUUCCCGUAUAAAAGACCAUUGGGGUUCAGAAGAAGUAACGUCAAUAACCAAGUUCGAACUUGCUCGAAACAAACAAAUUCACAUCGACAUAGUUGUAGCUGAUACUGAGUUCUUGAUCUCCAUAAAUGGUAAACACGUAUGUGCCUUUGUGUACAGAAUUCCUAUAGAGACUGUUAAGGCGAUAGUAGUUGAAGGCCCAGUAGAUGUUAGCGGGGUGGAAUAUGGAAAAACGAAUGUCUAUCCGGUGGUAAAUAGUCCAAUUGAAAAUAUCGAGGAAAUUGUGAAAGAGGAUGGGGAGUCACAUGGUACUAGUCAAAAUUAUGAGGUUCCUUUAACUUUGUCAUUUCCAACAGGUUUCGACAAAGGAUGGCAGUUGGAUAUCCAAGGAAGAGUGAAAAUUCUGCCAGCGAAUUUCUUUGUCAAUUUACAAGAUGGGCCUCAAUUGUGGCCUCAUCCCAACAUAUAUCUUCAUUUAAGUCCUCGAUUUGCUUACUUAAACACCAGGCAUGUAUUUGUACGGAAUUCUUGGUUAGAUGGCGACUGGGGUCCAGAGGAAAGAGUUGACAAAUGUCCAUUUACUCCAUCUUCUACAUUUAGUAUCGCCAUCCGAAGUUACGUCGAUCACUUUUCCAUCUGGGUGAAUGGACAAUUAGCAGGGGAAUUUAAAUAUCGCGGGGAUCCAAGAAAGGCGAAUACGUUGUACAUUCAAGGAGAUGUUAUUAUAACUGGGGUUGUUAUGAGACAUAAUAUAAGCGACAAAUAUUUUACGAAAAGUAGGCAGAGUAUAGAUUCUAUGUAAAUUAUUAUUUAGGGCAUCUGCUGAGUGAUAAACAACGUGAAAACUUACAUAAUAUUAUUUUAAUAUACACUCACAGACAAAAUAUUGCUUAUUUUAUUUUGAGUUUACUUUUUUCUUUUGAAAAGUUUUGUACAUUGUAUUUGCUAAAUAAGUUAUGCUGGACUAUUAUAAGUAUAACCAUUAUGAAGUAACUUAAAUAUUGAGGAGCUACAACAAUUUCUUAGAGAAAUUAAUGAAAUAGUCUUAUUUUGCUUAUAACAUUUAAUUAGAAACAGAACCAAUAAUGACAAUAGAACACUUUUUACGGAAACUUUGUAACAAUUUGGUACUUAGUAUUUCUUCCUCUAUAUCUAGUGAUAGCCUGCUUCCUUCUAGGUAAGCUUCACAGAAGGUCUUGGAUUGUCAUGGAAUUGCAUCAUCCUCAAGAUAUUGAAUGACUGUGUUCCGAUAGUAGGUUACGGAAUCAAUUAAAAAUAAGUGUAAACAAUGAACAGUAAUAUAUUUAUUUAUUUUGGGUAAACAA